AUCGAUAUAUAUCUAUAUAUAUAUAUAUCAAUCAGUCUAUGAUGAAAUAUCAAUCAGUUUGUUUCGCUGCAUCAAGAUGUUGACAGAAAUCGCGAUAUUGUUGGCGAGUGUGGGCAUACUAGCCAUUUUAUUCAUAAAGUACAAAUACGGGUACUGGAAGAGAAGAAAUGUUCCUUAUUUGGAACCAACGUUUCCUACUGGAAAUAACACGAGCUUCUUCCCGAAAGGAGUAGCAGUUGGGAAAGUAACUCAAUAUUUCUAUAAUGAAUUCAAAGCAAGAGGAUUGAAAAUAGGUGGAGUUUUUCUGGGGAUAGAUCCAAAUUUGGUUCUCUUGGACCCUGAAGAUGUGAGAACCAUUUUAAUCAAGGACUUCAAUAGUUUUGUGGACCGUGGUAUCUAUAUGACCAAAACCGAUCCCAUGACUGUACAUAUGAUUACACAGCAAGGUUCAGAAUGGAGAAAUGCGAGGGUCAAAUACACCAGCGUCUUUUCAUCCGCAAAAAUGAAAAUGAUGUACGAUACUAUGAAACAAUGCUUUACAAAUAUGAUACCGACAUUGGAUGACAGCGCAGAAAGAAAACUCGAUGUCGAUGUUUUUGAAACAAUGGCAUGUUUCACUACUGACUCAGUUGGUGCGACGAUCUUAGGUGUGGAAUGUAAUAGUUUCAAAGAUCCAGAUGCGGAAUUCCGAAGACUCGGAAGACAUUUUUUCGAGCAGUUUUCUCCGAUAGACAGGACGCGUUUAUUUAUGACGGUAUAUUUCCCCGAUUUGUCUAAAAAGUUGGGAAUUACCAAUGUUCAGAAGGAGGUAUCGAAGCAAUACAUUAAACUUAUCAAAGACACGGUGGAGUACAGAGAAAAACAUAAUGUAUCCAGGAAAGACUUUUUAGAUAUGUUGAUCAAAUUGAAAAAUUCGGGAGAACAACUGGAUAUGGACGAAAUAAUCGGCCAGACAUUCGUAUUUUUCACUGCUGGAUUCGAAACCUCUGCUACCACCUCAACGAUGACGUUGUUUGAACUGGCUGAGAAUCAAGAGGCUCAGGACAGACUGAGAGAAGAAGUGAUACGCACCUUCGAGGAAAAUAACAAUGAUCUGACAUAUGAAUCGCUCAUGGGAAUGAAAUACCUUGGUCAAGCCGUCGAUGAAACUCUACGGAAAUGGCCUCCAGUAACAACCUUCCCAAGGGUAUGCGUGCAGGAUUACAAGUUUCCAGGUAGUGACUUGAUUGUUGAAAAAGGAACAAAAGUGCUGAUCCCAGUGCUGGGACUGCAUCGAGAUCCAGACUAUUAUCCAGAUCCGGAGAAAUGGAAUCCAGACCGGUUCGGCGAUAGAAAUCCAAAAUUACCGUAUUUCCCGUUCGGAGAUGGACCUAGAAACUGUAUUGGUUCACGUUAUGCUAUCAUGCAGAUAAAGAUAGCUUUGGCAAACAUCUUGAGGAACUACAGAGUUUUACCAAGUCCACUCACUGAACAACCACUAGAGAUCGAUCCGGAUACCUUUGUUAUCAGAACGAUACAACGUGUAUAUUUGAAAUUCGAAAAAAUUCAUUGAUUUUCAAACUUUUUUAGUGAGAAAAUCAAGAAUCAAUAUAUCAUCUUGAUUACUUUGUUAUUAUUUAUAUUACAAAUAUAUUUUUUUCUAA